AUGGAUAGAUAUACUCAUUUCGAAGAUUUAUCAAAUGAAAUUUUCUUCGAAAUAUUUGAUUAUUUACAGGCACUUGAGAUUUUUACUGAUUUUACUUCAUUAAAUAAACGUAUUUCGUCUAUACUACAAUCAAUUCCGCUUCGUAUUAUUGUUUUAUAUAAUCACUCUCGUCGUCAAGUUGAUUUUAUUUCUUCUCAUCUUACUUUCCAUGCUCAUCAAGUUAUUUUGACAAAAAUUUAUUAUAAAAUUUGUGAUUAUACAUCUGUUAUUGAUUUAUUAUUUCAUCGACACAAUUUUACUAAUCUUGAAUCAUGUCUUUUGGUUGCAAAUAGUUUGCCAACGAAAGUUGAAAAUGUUAUUAAACUUAUUAAGACUCUGAAUAAACUUGUUUCAUUCAGUAUUCGCGCACCAAAUGAUUAUACUAUAAGUACAAUCGAUAAAUGUGACUUAACUCAAAUUAUGUUAAUGCACAAAUCAUCUGUUCAUUCAAUUGAACUUGAUUAUCGUUAUGAUUACAUGGAUAUAUCAAAUUAUACGUCGAUACCUUCGAAUCUGAUCUCACUUAAAUUACAUUUAUCUGGUUCACCUUCUGCAGUAUCUCUUUAUUCAAUUUUAUCAACUAGCGAGAUCCCGUGCAUACUGCACGGCAGCGUUUUUUCUUUAACGUACGACCUCAAACUGUAACCUUUCACUCGAUAACAGAAACAGAGACACUAGACAUUAUGUACAUAGAAGCCUUACGGCAUGAUAUGCUUACAUCGCCAAUACCCCAUGUAGCCUUACGGCCUUACAUUUCUUGUAGCUCUUCUAGCCUUACGCGCUUAUAGCCUAACCCUCUUAUAGCAUGCCUCUUGUAUAGCCUUAUCCCUUUACUGUCUUACUGUUUUAUAGCCUUACCACUUAAUAGCCUUAUCCCCUUAUUGACUUUCUUCCUUAGAGUCUUACCAUCUUAUAGCCUUACCAUUCAUAAUCUUAUCUUCUUAUAGUCUUACUCACUUACAGCUGUACUCCCUCAGAGCGUUCCCCCUUAUAGCCGUACCCUCUUGUUGUCUUACUGCCUCAUGAACUUAUCCCUUUAUAGCCAUAUCCCUUUAUAGCCAUAUCCCUUUAUAGCCAUAUCCCUUUAUAGCCAUAUCCCUUUAUAGCCAUAUCCCUUUAUAGCCAUAUCCCUUUAUAGCCAUAUCCCUUU